AUGCAUGAUGAUGGAAAAGAAGCAAUCUUGGUCAAGGGUGAUUCUUACAUGUGCCGAGAGCAAUGCUCCCUCCUCUCAUAUGAGAGGUGGGCCCCACAAAUGAGUUCCAUUAUGGGGUCUACCCCUCAUGUGAGAGGAGAGAGCAUUGCUCCCAGAUCUAUUCCCAUCCGUAGCUUCUCUGCUCAAGAGCUCCAACAACCCACCAACGACUAUAACAAACGUUAUGGAAUGCGUUGGUACGAAGGUUCUCUUGAAGGGCGAAUGGUUUUCGUUAAGAGAUUUCCUGAAAAUGAAUCAUUUGCAGAAUUUGUCAUCAAUGAUUUAGUGAUUUCUGCACAGAUGAGCGCUCACAGUAAUGUAUUAAAGCCCAUAGGGUGCUCUCUUGAGACUACAUCUCCCAUUUUAGUGUUUGAAUUUGCUGCCAAUGGUUUCCUUGCAGAUCAAAUUUUUGUCUACCAUAUUACUCAACUACAAAAUCAGCCGAUGGUGUGGGAGAGAAGGUUAAAGAUUGCAAGGCAGAUUGCUCAUGCAAUUUCCUAUCUCCAUGCUACCUUCUCUAGACCUGUCAUCCACAUGUACAUAGAUAUAAAAAAUAUCUUAUUAGAUGAACAUGAUGUUCCCAAAUUGUCCAACUUCUAUUUUUCCGUGUCAAUCCCCAAGGGCGAAACUGAUGUGGAAGGCUUUCAGAAUCGACAUCCAAUGUUCAGAACUCCCGAGCUUGAAGCAACAGGAAAGGUAAAUGAGAAAACUGAUGUAUAUAAAUUUGGUGUUGUUCUUCUAGAACUUUUAACUGGAGAGGAUUCUGAUAAUAUAACACGAUUGGCAAAUGAUGAAGGUUCUAGCUUGGUAGCAUACAUGCAUAACCGUGCUCAAGUUUGUUGCAUUAACGAGAUUGUGGAUCCUGCAAUCUUGGUUGGGGAAGGAGGUGCUAGUUUAGAGCAGCAGUUACAAUCUGUUGUGGACCUUGCCUUGACAUGUACAGAGGAAGAUCCAGAGAGAAGGCCAACAAUGGUUGAUGUCACCAAAGAACUCAGGCGGAUUGAGAGCUUGGUUACAUGA